AUAGCAACGGUUUGUUUACGUUUCUGUUGACUGACAACUUGUUGUUCUUAGUGUUCUUAGUUAUUUUUAUCAAAAUGCCUUUAAAACCAAGUAAACCGCAGCCUAAAAGUUCGUGUGAUAAACAUAAAUGUAACAAACCUUCUACUGAGAAGAUCAAAAUGCCAAAAAAAGUGUUAAUAUCUAAAAAGUGGCACCCGGUCUGUUCGCAUGAAGUGAAAACCAAGUCUGCCGGUAUUAUCGCUUCUAAGCCGCAAAGAAACAAGCCGAACAAAACAUCGAAUUCUUUACCCGUUGUGCCAAAACAAAGUAGGAGUCUUGAUUUUUGCAAAACGUGUGGCGAUACUGAUGAUAUUCAGACAGCUGUAGCUAAAUUUUCCAAUACUGUAACAAAUUCUACUAGGAAAACUAGUGCUGUGUCUUCUAAAAAUAGUAAACAUGCUAUUUCUCCUAAAAAUAGUCAACCGGCAUUGAAAACUGACUCCCAGAAAGUAAAAGUGGAAACUAAAGUUGUAAAACAAUUUUACAAAAACGAAAAAUAUGCAGAUUCCAAAUCUACAGUAGAUUAUACAAAAACAUCUAGCAAAAGGGUCAAAAUUAACUCAAAUAAGGGACCUUUGAAAACGGAUAAAAAUAUUGAAAUUGAGGAGGAAGUGGUACAAGAGCAUUAUUUAAAUGAAAGGUUUGCUGAUUUAUACGAUUCUAUGCACGAUUUCGACAAUUUCGUCAAGAAUGAUCAAGUACUGGAUACUAUAACUGAAGUAAACGAAAAACAAGCUUCAUCUGAUAAUAAAUCAACAUUAUCUCAUAAGAAAUCUUCUGAAGAAUCAAUAUACACUUUACCGUCAGAUGAUGAAAUAAGUUGGAAGAAACUGAAAGAAUUCAGAGAGAAGAAUUAUUUCGAAUGUCAUUCAUCAAAAAACAGAAUUGCAAGUAAGGCUAGCGUAAUAUCUCUUCAGGAUCAUAAAUGUAGAUACAGAUUAUAUUUGAAUGACAGAUUAUUUCCUGUAGCAAUGGACAAUGAUCACAACGACAAUAUACGAUGCGUUGACUGUCAUUUACCAUUAGAACUAGCUCAAGAAGAAGACAACAUUAAUGGCACUAUACAAGCCAAAGUGAAACUAGGUUCAGAAACCCAAGACAUGGUCUUACUUCUUCCAAUAAAAGAGCCUUUGAUCAUUAAACAGAAGAGAACAGAAAAGAACGAUGAUGAUGUAGUGUACUUCGGGUUAGUAAAAAUGGAUCAAAACGGGAAUUCAAAGUUUAAUCCUUCUUUACCUAGUGAUUCGUUGGCGUUGAGGUAUCAGAAGGGAUAUAGGCAAUUUAAUGAUGUUCAAAGCUAUAGGUAUGAUAAGAUCGAAGAUUCUGAUGUUAUCUAUAUUUAGUACCUAAUGAAUAUACGUUUCUACGUUUUUAUUUAAA